AUGUCGGUUUUAGAGCGACUUACUAACGCUGCAAAGGCGCUAGAUGAGUCUUCAACAAAGUCUGACAAAGAGCCAGUUUUAGAGCAAAGAGAAGAAGAACCCCCGAAAAUGAGUAAAUCCGCAAUGAAAAAGCUUCGUCGUCAACAGGAAUGGGAGGCAGGCCGUGGAAAGCGAGCUGACAUACGCCGGGAGAAAAAGAAGCAGAAAAAGGAAGAGAGAAAGCGCAAAAUCAGUGCUGGCGAAAAGGUUCCUAGUCAAAAGAAAAAGAUUAGGGAAGGAAAAGUGAUACCUUCUGACAUGCGUAUCGUUUUGGAUUGUGGGUUUGACGAGUUGAUGAAUGAAAAAGAAAUUGCUUCCUUGUGUCAACAGUUCACCAGAUGUCACUCUGCAAAUAGAACUGCUUUGCAUCCGGCGGAAUUCUAUGCUACAAACUUUGGUGGCCGUCUGGAAGCCAGACAGGAAUAUGUCCUACGGGGCCAACAAAAGAACUGGAGCCGUUACCAUCCCACACCAAAAAGCUAUAUGGAAGAAUUCGCUGAUGAGAAGGAAAAAAUGGUGUAUCUCUCAGCAGAUUCGGAUGAGACUUUGCACGAAUUGAAAGAAGACGAAAUUUACAUUAUUGGAGCCCUCGUCGAUAAAAAUAGAUACAAGAAUAUCUGUGAUGACAAAGCAAAAACCCAAGGAAUUCGAACUGCAAAACUUCCAAUUGGUGAAUAUAUUCGCAUGUCCGAUAGAAAGGUCUUGACUGUAAAUCACGUUUUCGAGAUUUUGUCCUUAUGGUUAGAACAUCGUGAUUGGGAAAAGGCUUUCAUGGAAAUCAUUCCUAAAAGAAAAGGACUUUCUGCUUUAGAUGAAGACAGUAGCAGAGAACAAAGUAUUGAGGAGGAAAGUACUUCCGAAAAGACUGAAGAAGCUGAAGACGAAGCAAACACAGCGGAUGGAAUUGAGAUGCCAGCCGAGAAGAGGAUAAAGACCACGGAAUAA